AUGGCUGCAGCUGCCAAAGUUGAGACGGAGAAGAAAGUAGAAGUGAUCACUGCUGUCUACAAAGUUAACCUGCACUGCCCGCAAUGUGCACGCGAUAUCAAGAAGCCUCUUCUGUCCACCCAAGGGGUUCACAGCGUGGAGGCUGAUUUUGAGAAGUCUGAAAUCAAGGUUAAAGGGGCGAUUGACGUGAUAAAAAUCCAUAAGCGAAUAGAGAAAUUGAGCAAGAAAAAGGUUGAGUUGGUCUCACCAUUGGCUAAGCUCAAAGAAUCUGUAACGGAGAAGAAAGAAGUAGUCAAGGCCGAAGCCAAACCAGCUCCAAAAUUAAGCACCCAUUCACUAAAGGUUCACUUGCACUGUGACAAAUGUGAGAAAGAUCUGCGCAAUAAAUUACUGAAGCACAAAGCUAUUUACAGUGUGAAGAGCGACAUGAAAGCACAAACUAUAACAGUUGAAGGAACUAUGGAAGGUGAUAAACUAGUAGCUUACAUGCGGAAGAACCUCCACAAAAAUGCAGAAAUUAUACCCUCAAAGCUCGAGAAAAAGGAGGAAAAGAAAGAAAAGCCAAAAGUCGAAGAUAAAUCCACCAAAGCAACUGAAAUUGUUGAAUUCAAGGUGGAGAAGAAAGUUGAGGUAAAAACUAAAGAGGUUGAUGGGCCCUAUUUUAUUCAUUAUGUCUAUGCUCCUCAGUUAUUUAGUGAUGAAAAUCCAAAUGCUUGUUUUAUAAUGUAG